GCUCUUCAAGCUUCAUCCCUCAAACCAGCUGCAAGAGUGAUGAACAUGGACGCCAGGAGAGUUCCACUCGCUGUCAACUCAGUGUUCUAAUCAAACGGGAUCCCGGUCCGGUCCGGGUGGUAAUAUAGAGCCCGUGGGCCUCACUGAUCUGAGAAGGUCCAAGGACCGUUAGUCCCAUGCGUAUGUUUCCGCACCUCCGUCUAUCAGGAGCGCCUCUGUUAUCGCACAACCUCAAACGUUUCACUUACCGCACCAUGACUUCUGUCGCUCCUCCGGUCUUCAAGCCGUUCACUCUCACGUUGAUCCAGCUCGGUUCUAUCGGCUCUGACAAGGCAGCCAAUCUUGAACAUGCUCGUGAGAUGAUCAUGAAGGCAGCAAAGGGCAAUUCAGACACUAAGCCUCAGGUUGUCGUACUGCCAGAAUGUUUCAACUCGCCUUAUGGCUAUGUUCACUUCCCCGCGUAUGCCGAGAAUAUUGGCUACACUGCUGGCAAGGAGUAUGAUGUUCAAGCGAGUGUAAGCGAAAGUGUUAAAAUGCUGUCUUCUGCUGCGAAGGAGGCAGGAGUCUGGCUCAUCGGAGGCUCGAUACCCGAGAGAGAUGCGGAGACGAAUAACGUCUACAACACUUGCACUGUGUAUUCUCCGACAGGUGCACUUGUUGCAUCACAUCGCAAGGUUCAUCUAUUUGACAUCGAUAUUCCUGGGAAGAUAACAUUCAAGGAGAGUGAGACAUUAACCGGAGGAACGACAACGAACUAUUUUGACACUGAAUUUGCACGUAUUGGCCUCGGUUUAUGCUACGACGUCAGGUUCCAAGAACUAGCGAUGAUCGCGGCACGGCGAGGAUGUCAUGCUGUGGUGUAUCCUGGGGCAUUUAAUCUUACCACUGGACCCUUGCAUUGGGAACUCCUUCAACGAGCUCGGGCCGUUGAUAACCAAGUUUUCUUUUCUAUGUGCAGCCCGGCACGGGAUAUGACUGCCGGGUACAAUGCGUGGGGGCACUCAAUGGUCGUUGACCCAUAUGGCCGUGUUCUCGUGGAGGCCGAUGAAAACGAGACCAUCCUGCAUGCCGAUAUCGAUCCCGAACCGUUCCAGGAGGUAAGAGCUGGAAUACCAGUCACAAAACAGCGUCGCUUUGAUGUCUAUCCCGACGUGAGCGCUUGAGGGACGGCAGGCAUGAUUAUGCUGUCUUCUGAAAGAAGAGUUGAAAAAUAUGUCAGAAAACUCCUAACUAGCCUGUGACAAUACUUUUGAGGUUCCUCAAUCAUGCCUAUUUACAUGCACUUGAUUAGAAGGAACGACUAUCUGCAAACUAAACCUGUUAACCUAGCUACUGCUUGAAGCUGAAGCUGUGAUCAUGG